AUGCGCGCGCGUUCGCGGGUGAUGACGGCGCGACAGGGGGUCGCGCGGCGCGGACGCGACGAUGGAGCGCGACAUCGGGUCUUAUCGAGAAAUCAUCGAGAAUCGACGCCCGACGACGCGCGCGCGGGCGACGCGGACGCGGGGUUCGACGACGGACGACCGGUGAUCGAUGUGCGCGCGCGGAGCGCUCGAAGGCGCGGACGAGGGGCGAUGGAGAUCCGGAGGCCGGAGAUUUUGAAAUCCAGGGCGAAGGCCGUCGCGGACGCGGACGCGGCGGCGGGACGGGAACGAAGGGAUGGGGAUUCGGACGACGAGGGAGAGAUCUCGAGGGAGAGACGACAAUUUGGUGGGCGAGGGGACGUUGGAAACGCGUCGGUGAUGGAGCGUAUGGUGCGAGCGACGGAUGAGAUGUUGGACGACAUGGAGGCGCGAGAGAGCGCGGCGGCGCAGGCGGCGUUCGAGGUGAGCAAACGCGCCGAGGCGGUGGCGGCGAAUCCGGCGGUGAAGGGGACGGUAGAGGCGUUCGGGAAGAUUGGUGGAACGGCACUGCGAGUGGCGGCGCCCGUGGUCGUGGAGGGCGCCGGGAAGGUUGUGACGGCGGGCGGAAAGUUAGCGGUGCGCGCUGUGGCGGCCAAGGUUGGGUUCGAGGACAAUCGAAAGCGCGAACUUCGAGAGAAGGAGUCGGCUGCGAAGCAAAACGGACGAUUCACGCUUCCUCAGCUCGCGUUCGGCAAGCCGAAUCCCCCCGAGCCACCCGCGAAGAAGAAGUUAGGAUCGUUUUUCUUGCCCGAUCAAGGCAAACAGUCGACGAAUAAGCAGAAGAACGACAACGGUAAAGGACAAGGCCUGGGCGCUUUGUUUUCUAGGAAGAAAAACUAA